AAAAAUACCCAAGUGUCCGCCGGAGUCUGGCGCCACGCUGCACCAGUUCAAGCAACCUCUUCUGACCUCUUCCUCGACUCUUUCAGUCUGCAGCCUGCAUUCUCCAGCUUGUCAGUUGCCCGUGCAACCGAAGGACAGAGGGUGGCAAAUACCUACCGUACCUGAGUAGGUACGCCAGAGAGGGCAUUGCAUGCUGUUCCUGACGGGCUUUAGGGGAGCACAGCAAGGGCGACUGAGAUCAGGAAGGCGCAAGGGCCUUGCUUGAUAUGCGCAUGCUCCAGGAGGGCCACAAUUCUCGUUUGUAACGCUAGAAAGGAGAGGGGUCUGGGUUGCGUUUUAUUGCAAAAGUCGUUGACAAACCAAAGCACAGCCAUCAGGACUAAGAGUCGUCAGAGCGCGCUGACAAUCUGGCACUGACAAGGGCCCUGCGAAAAUUGACGACCAACAUUCCUGCUGAAGGUUGAUAAGAGGCUGAAAACAGGCAUACCUAAGAUGGAAAACUACGAGAAGCUUGAGAAAGUAGGGGAAGGGACAUAUGGAAAGGUGUACAAGGCACGAUGCAAGAAGACAGGGCACAUUGUGGCUCUGAAGAAGACCCGGCUGGACAUGGAAGAGGAGGGAGUGCCUUCAACGGCUCUGCGAGAGGUGUCACUGCUGCAGAUGCUUUCCACCAGCAUCUAUGUUGUCAGACUCCUAUGUGUGGAGCAUAUCGACGAGAAUGACAAGCCCAUGCUGUACCUGGUCUUUGAAUACCUCGACACAGACCUGAAGAAGUUCAUGGACCUGAAUGGGCGCGGCCCAGAGAAGCCGUUGCCAUCAGCACUGAUCAAGAGGUUCAUGUACCAGCUGUGCAAGGGAGUGGCGCACUGCCACAGCCACGGUGUCAUGCACAGGGAUCUGAAGCCGCAGAAUCUCCUGGUCGACAAGGACAAGCGCCUCCUGAAGAUUGCUGACCUGGGUCUUGGGAGGGCGUUCACUGUGCCCCUCAAAAGCUACACCCACGAGAUUGUCACCCUCUGGUACAGAGCCCCGGAGGUUCUGCUCGGGGCAACUCACUACUCGACACCUGUAGAUAUGUGGUCUGUUGGAUGCAUUCUGGCGGAGAUGUCGCGCAAGAACCCCCUCUUCCCUGGAGACUCGGAGCUUCAGCAGCUGCUCCACAUCUUCAAGCAACUGGGCACUCCCAACGAGCAGAUCUGGCCGGGUGUGUCGAAGCUGCGUGACUGGCACGAGUAUCCCCAGUGGCCCCGCCAGGACAUCGCUCGGGCGGUCCCACUCUUGUCGAAAGAGGGAGUUGAUCUUCUCGAGAAAUGUCUGCAGUACGAGCCUGCCAAGAGGAUAUCUGCCAAGGACGCCAUGAUCCACCCGUACUUCGACGACCUGGACAAAAGUCUGGUCUGAUUCGUUGGGAAGGUAUUUAGUAGUAUGUGCACUAGAAUCUAGAAAGAGAGUAGUGAGGCGUCUCCUUCGAUUGAAGGAGCUCAACCAUUGGUCGAAAGUGGUGACGGACAAUUCCUAAUUGUCUUAGGAGAUGGGGUGCUUUCAACGAGACCCACUAGAAAACCUACCUGAAUAAAGCGUAGCAUCUUGACGAGAGAGCCGGGUUUAUCGGACUGUGGACGGCUGCAAACGAGUGAGCAUAUGUGCAUGGCUGAUAUCCUCAAGGAUGGCCCAUCUUUCUGUACAUUCAACAUCAGAACAUCGUCCAGAUUUUUGGAGCAGAGCGUUCUUAUUCUCGCAAAGAGCAACUUCAAAAACCAUCCGUUCAUGCGAAACUGACUCUCGUUUACAAG